AUGGGUUUUCUGUUGUGUGUGUCCCUAGGUUUACUAUCGCUUGUGUCCAUUGGUUAUCUGGCUCUUGCUGUCAUUAGUACUCGAUGCAACCAUGUCAUUGGUUAUGUGGCUCUUCCUGCGGUUAGUAAUCGGUCCCUUGCGUCCAUUAGUUAUGUGGCUCAUGUUGCCAUUAAUGUUCGGUCUGUUGUGUCCAUUGGUUGUCUAGUUGCUACUGCCAUUGAUGCUUGCUCUGUUGUAUCCAUUGUUUGUCUGGCUGCUGCUACCAUUGAUGUUUGGUCUGUUGUGUCCAUUGGUUGUCUGGUUGCUGAUGCAAUUGUUGUUCGAUAUGUUGCAUCCAUUGGUUCUCUGGCUCAUGCUGCCAUUAGUUUUCGGUCUCUUGCGUCGGUUCCUCUUCUGUCGCUUUUGUCCUACCUCCUGACGCCUCGGUACAUUUUUACUUUUACUUUGGUUCUUUGGAACGAUUUCCUUACACGUCCUUGCAUUAUGAGUUGUGCUAUGACAUCUACUACACCUUAUUUUUGA